GUACCGUCUGAUGCUGCAGUGCUGGAAGCAGGAACCAGACAAGAGGCCAGUAUUUGCUGAUAUCAGCAAAGACCUAGAGAAGAUGAUGGUCAAGAGCAGAGACUAUUUGGACCUUGCUGCAUCUACCCCAUCUGACUCGCUGCUCUAUGAUGAUGGUCUCUCAGAAGAGGAGACGCCCCUGGUGGACUGUAAUAACGCUCCUCUCCCGCGCACGCUCCCUUCCACAUGGAUUGAAAACAAACUCUAUGGCAUGUCAGACCCGAACUGGCCUGGAGAGAGUCCUGUACCACUCACGAGAGCCGAUGGCACUAGCACUGGGUUUCCAAGAUAUGCAAAUGAUAGUGUAUAUGCUAACUGGAUGGUUUCACCCUCAGCGGCAAAAUUAAUGGACACGUUUGAUAGUUAA